CCGAAAUUGAAGUCGACAAUACUGGAACGAAAAUGGAAGAACAGAAGGCGAAGAGAAAAAGAGGAAUCGCGAUGAAGAGCAAGAAGAAGAAGAAGAAGAGGAACUUGUGUAAUGAUGAAACCGUUUUUCCAUUGCUGUUAGCAUCCUUUUCUUCGAAGCCUCACGUGGAAAAAGCCCUAAUUAAGAAAUAUUUGAACAAGAUAUUUCUCUCGCUUCCUCACUUGCACUUGCCGCCAAUCCUCGCGUUGCUUCCCUCGCUCUUGAAAUCCGACUGUGCUGAAAUUGUGUGCAAAAGUGCGGACAUUGUAGGCGCUGCGUCGCUAGCAUUUCUCGAGAUGAGUGAGCUGAUUGCUGCGGAAGAUGAGAUAGUGAGGAGAAUGAUCGCACUGGUCGGGAAUUCGGAAAGGGAAAUUGCGAUUGCUGCUUGCAAUGCUGUAUUGGAUUUAUCUGCGGGGUCGGUUGGAAGACAACGGCUGCUUGAAUUCGGCGCAAUUGAGAUUUUUAUUCUACGCUUGAUGCAGGGAAUCAAACCUCCAGCAGCAACAGUUGGUAUUGCUGCUGAUACGACACUUUUGAAAGAAGAUGAGCAUUCAAUAUUACUUCUGCAGGGAGCAACUACUCUUAUUAACUCUGCGUCACUUGAGCAGCUGCAGCUAAUACCAACAGACACUUGUGAAACUCUUUUAGUGCAUUUAAGAGGACUAUUGAGACAAGUGCAUAAACAGAGGUUGUUUAGCACUUCUUCAACAUGUGAUCAGGGAAAUGAGUUAUAUGCAAGUAACAUCAGAGUAUAUAAUUUGGUUGAGAGUGUUUUCAGGCUAUCGAUUAAUUAUGGUCUGCCUCCAGAAUCUGUGGAUCUCGAACAUGUAAAGAAAGGUAUUUUUGGUUUGGGGAAAGCUAGUAUUGAGUCAUUUUUAUCCGAGGUUUGGGAGGCAUCUCCUAUGCUUAUAAGAAACUCAUCAAAGGAUUCAUUGAGGCAGGAUGGUAUUUUUAAUCCUUUUCUGCAGUAUCAUCAUCUGAAAGAGGCAAUACCUUCGGUUCUCCCUUCCAUGCUAAAAUGCUUUACUUCUUGCCCUGCCAUUGCAUCAGAUGAACUAGAUAUACUUCGUGUCAUUGAGGACAUAAAGAAUCAUCUUGGUUACCAGAUAAUUUACAACCAGGAUAUUCGUGUUGUAAAAACACAGUUUGGAGAACGAGAGGUGCACUAUUUUCAGGAGCAGACAGAGUCUUGCUGCUCCAUUUCUCCUCAUAUUCUCAGUAUUAAUGAUAUUUUGGAAUGUGAGGAAGCAUUUAAGAAGGGCUACUCAAUUGCUCUACGUGGUAUGGAAUUUCGCUGUCAAACUAUUGCUGUAAUUGCAGAUGAGUUGGCAUCUCUCUUUGGGCAGCCUUCAGCCGGUGUCAAUAUGUACCUAACACCGUCUGAUUCACAAGGCUUGGCUCGGCAUAGUGAUGAUCACUGUGUCUUUGUAUGCCAACUUAUUGGUGCGAAAAGAUGGAAAAUAUAUCCUCGCCCAGAUUCCCAGUUACCUCGUUUGUACGAACCUUGCAGUAGCCUGCAUGAUUUGGAGGAUGGAAGUCAUGAGGGUCAUGGACACCAGCAAAUUGUGCUGAAGGAAGGCGACAUUCUAUAUAUCCCAAGAGGUUUCCCACAUGAGGCAAUAACCGAUGUGGAUGAUCAUGAGAAUGCUAACACCGCCAAAUUCUCGUUGCAUAUGACUCUGGCUAUUGAAAUUGAGCCUCCAUUUGAGUGGGAAGGUUUUAUGCAAGUUGCGCUCUGUAGUUGGGAUAAAAAACAGAGAACAUUACAGUACAAGUCCGAGGAUUCUGUUAAAUGGAGUCUACACUUGUUAUCCGUGAGGCUGUUGUGUAUUGCAAUAAAAUUAAUCCGAAAUCUCGACCCAGUAUUUCAGAAGGCCUGCUUGGUUGGUGCAAUGCCAUUUCAUUCAGAGACUACUAGAGAGUGGCUUCAUAAAGAUCAGACGAAAACCUUUGGGUACUUGAUCAGCAGGAUCAUCAGUGAAUCGAGGUUCUCAGAUGCAGUUUCACAUCUAGAAGCAACUCUACAGAAGAAUGAAGAUCCUUUCGAACAUUUAAGAUGGAUGAAGUACCUCACUCUCGAAGGAGAGGGAACAGAAAGUUCGUCUGAUUUGAGUAUACCAUCGGCAGAUAGCAGGUACCUGUUUGAUCUAUUGAUUCAGCAUAAGGAUAUAGCAGAGGCUGCUUUCGUGCAGGUCCAGUCUAAAUUUUGUCAUGAAGUAGAGUUUCAGGACGCAGAACUACGUUACAAAAUGCUGCUUGAGAAGUACCGGAAAGUGAGAAAGCAAUACACUAACGGUAUGCUCUCACUCCAUUCUGCUCUACGCAAUGAAGCUUAAUUUCCUUUAUCAGAAUUCAUGACUCUGUUUUUGCUAUCUUUCAUGUAUGCAUACAUAUUUAUGCAUCUGUGUUUGCUUUUUCUUUGGCUGUACCGUUUCAUUGUAAAAACUAAAAAGUGAGGAAAUACAGAUAACACAAGAAUGUCUUUCAUCUAAGAUUAAUUAGCGUAUCCCAAGUUCAUGCUGUC